AUGCAUUCGCUUCUCUUACGAAACGUCGUUCUGGUGUUUAUUGCUGUGCUGUACGCAAACGAUUGUAAAGAAUUGGAGACACCACAGAGAAGUGUGAAUUUGGCCCUGGAAACAGUUCUGCAAUUCGAUAACAAUGAAAAUUCAGCCGACAUCGAAAUCAUUGACAAAGUCCAAGACUUUUUGAAACGAGUCAAACGCGUCAUUAGGAACAACAGAGAUUCUAGAAGGACAGCCGUCAUUGAUGAUAAUACACCACUGACUUUCACUGAUUUUGUGAAAAGCGCCCUUGUCAUACUCAGUUCUUAUAACGACGAAGAUCUAGAAGAAGUAGCAGCAGUCGUUGAUGAAGAACUAAGGAAAUACCACUACAAAGGUUGCAAAUUCUACGAAUUAAUAGAAAACGGGGACGUCAGACGAUUCAUGGCGGACAAAUUGGAUAAAAUCAGAAAUGUACCUGGUAAGGAGCUAAAACGUCAGCUGACGACAACAAUAAAAAAGUUGACAGACUCCAAAGACGGAUUCAAACACAUGUUGAUAAGUACAUAUUUAAAUUCAUUGUACAGUGAAAAGGAUUCGGAGAAAUUCAACGAUUUCCUGAAGCACAUAGCUGUAUACAAACAAAAGAGUAAACGGUCUAACUUAGAUUUAGUCAAAAUCAUCAGAAAGGGUCUGCGUUCUAUAGUUUUCGAUCACUACAGUAAACUGGAUUCGAACACAAGGAGAGGUUUGAAAAUAAAAUUGGAAACGUUUUGGGAAGAUGUCAACAAUGUAAAAUAUGGGGAUGUUUGGAGAUUCGAAACCCAAACGCGACCGAAUAACCAGCCACAAUUAACAAUUAAAACGACGAAUAUUUACAACGAACAUUUAAAAAGCUUUAUAAAACCAAUUCCAAAAAAGGUUGACAAGCAGAAGGUAAAAAGAAACCGUAAAGAAAAACCAGAUAAAAAAGAAUUGGUAAACAGUGACGACUUCGAGACCCUUAUACGGCAAACUAAUAAGAAAGUUAAUAAGAAAAAGGUAAAGAAACUCAAAAUUGAAAAACCACAUACAAAAGAAUUUACUGUUAAGGAAAUUCAUAAGGAAGUAACAAAGAAGAAGGCAAAGAGAUUAAGAACCAUUAAGCCUUUAACGGGAAUCGUUGAUGCAGAUAGAGAAAGAAACGUUAGAGAACCAAAAUUUACGUUCAUAACUCUCUAUCCAGAAGCGAUAAGCGUCUCGAGACCUCAUCAACGUAAUCACAAAAAAUCGAAGAAGACGCUAGAGAAAUACAAACGAGUGCCUCAUAGAAGCACGGCGGAUUACAAACAUGUAACUGCACUCCGAACGGAUAGAAAAUUGAAACCUAAUAAGAGAAUUUUCUGGAACAGCAAUUACACAAUAAACGUAGAAAGUCUGAACUUGAAGAAAGACAUAAUUGAUCAUAGAGCGGUGAAAAGAAUGAGAUUUGAGACCAUCAAAAAAUCACCAGUUAUGAAAUCCACCACCAAAUCGUACAAUAAAAGAAAACAUGCACACAGAUCGAGGAAGAUCGAUCCUAUUAUUAAAGCAAUCGAUGAAUCUGAUGAAGGUUUAAAUAUAGAAGCUUUUGACAGCAGGAAAGAGCGAAAUCGUAGCUAUAAGAGAAAACCAGUGAGAAAAAGUAACGACAACGACACUCUAACUGCUAUGACAAUGAAUCCAACGACAAUUGUGAGCAACGCAAACGAUAAUAAUACUGAUUUCAUAAGAAAACUGAAAGAACUAGAGAUAGAAUUAAAGGAAGUCAAGGAGCACAUUGAGAAAAGCAUCAAAACUACUACCACACCUUUAGACACAACUCGUUACGAUAUACUAGAUUUUUGGGAAGGAACCACAACUUUACCUAAUAUAGAAGAUGAAACAACUAGAACUACUACUCCUAAAACAACUACUACUAGUAGUACGACUACUGCUAAAAGUACAACUACAAAAGCAAAAACUACAACUGACAAGAAACUUUUAACAACAGUCAAAGUAAGUCACAAAAAGCCAACACACGCGAGAAAAAGAACUACCACAACGCAAACAACUGCAAACACUGAACCGAAACCUGUUUUCAGAAGUGACGAUAAAGACAAAGAUGCAAAAGAUAAAGAUACGGAACUGAACGAGGUCAUACCGAAAAGUCCUACAACUGUACGCACCACUCGUUUUAUAGACAGAGUCGAACUGAAACUUCGUAGUUCCAACAGUUCUAACUCUACUACAACGCGUCAAAGUCCCACUACUGAACUAAACAUUCUAAAUAUCACAGCCAAUAAACCAGUAGAUACAACUCCAUCAUCCAAGAAGUUUGAUGAUAAAAGGGAACUAUCUCCAGAUUUAGAAGUUGAAACUUAUUUGAAUGAUACUAAAAUGCUGGAUGACGAAAUGAAAUCACAGAUGGUUAAACAAAAGAUGAUGGAUGAUCUUAACAAACUUAUACCUGAAAGCACAGUCGAAACGUUGGGUACUACAACUGAAUCUCUUUCUGUGGCGAAAAUUGUUACAACUGAUGAACUGGCGGUAAUGGAUGAUGGCGACGAUAUUCUGAAAUAGUAUUAUGCACAGAAUGAUGUGGUUUUAUUUCUGUUUCUAAGAAAAGAAAAUCAAUUUUUUGGUAGUUUGGUCUAGUUAUACUAAGUCAAAAUUCUAAAAUUCUUUAAUCAAAUUGGAAACAAAGUACAACUCUUGAAUCGUCCAUAUUGUCUUCCCUGCCCCCAGUAUAGGAUAUUUUUUUGUAGCUGUGGAGUAAAAUUAUUAUUAUAUGUACCAACAACAUUACAAUAUUUACAAAAUAUUAUACUGAUCGGUAUCAAUACAAAAUCAUUUUCAUCUUAAUAGGGGUGAUGACGGGGUACAGUAAACGAAAUUCUAUUUAGUACGUUAGUUAGAUGAUCAAAAAAUAAUGGACACGUAUUUUUUCUUUGGGCAAUCAACCAAAAAAUGACAAAGUUAUAGCGCGUCAAAACUUGGGAGUAGGGGCUCGUGACGUCACUUUUGAGUGAAUUUUCACUUAUAAGUGUACUGAAACGUGACGUCAUGCGACUUUUCAAAUCAAUAAAUCUCUGCAAUGUUUAUAUUAUGUGAAAAAAGAAAAAAUACGUGUCCAAUACUUUUUGAUAAUCUACCUGAUAAACGAAGAAAAAAAAAUAGUCAUCAUCCCUAUUGUAGA